AUGGCAACAAUGACGAAUGAUUUUUUAAUGACAACUGGAAAUGAUUCAGCAUCGAAUGCAAUUGAUCAAAUGAUUUCAUUGUCAGUUCUUGAUCAUGAUAAUACAACUAAUCAAAAUUCUAAUAUAUUAAUAUCAAAUCAAACAAGUACAACGAGAAAAAUUUCUUCUCCUAGUCGUUUUCGUACAAUUGAAAAUUUAAGACGAUUCACAUGGAAUAAUACUGGUCCUGAAAAAUUAGUGCGUGCAGAAAUGAGAAUAUUUGAUACUUUAAAAUCACAAUUUCAAGGUCGUUAUAUCAAUGUUUUAAAUGAUACACAAAAAAUUUGGACUGUUUGUUCAAAUUUAACAUCAAAAAAUAUUCCUAUUGUACUUAUUCAUGGUUUUGGUGGUGGUAUUGGUUUAUGGAGUUUAAAUCUUGAUCAAUUAUGUGUUGAUCGACCUGUUUAUGCUCUUGAUUUACCAGGUUUUGCACAUAGUACUCGACCAAUAUUUAGUCUUGAUCCAGAUGAAGCUGAACAACAAUUUGUUGAUAUGCUUGAAGAAUGGAGAAUUGGAAUUGGACUUAAUGAACGUUUUAUACUUCUUGGUCAUAGUUUUGGUGGUUUUUUAAGUGCAUCAUAUACUAUACGUUAUCCAAAAUAUGUUGAACAACUUGUUUUAGUUGAUGCAUGGGGUUUUGGGCAUAAACCAGAUAAUUGGCAAGCAUCACCUAUGCAACGUAUACCACCAUGGUUAAGAUCAUUUUCAACAAUAAUGAUGAAAAUUUCUCCACUUGCUGGACUUCGUGUAGCUGGACCAUUUGGUAUUCAUAUAAUGAAAUAUUUUCGACCGGAUUUACGUGUUAAAUUUGAAAAAUUAUUUAAUGAUGAUAGAAUAUUAGAAUAUUUAUAUCAUUGUAAUGCUCAAGUACCAACUGGUGAACAAGCUUUUCGAACAAUAAGUGAUCUACUUGCGUGGGCAAAAAAACCUAUGAUUGAUCGAAUACAUUUAAUUGAUGAACGAAUUCCAAUAUAUUUUCUUCAUGGUGAACGAUCAUGGGUUGAUAUUAAUUCAUCUAUGAUUGUACAAGGAAAACGUGACAAUAUAUAUGUAGAUACAAUUAAAGAAGCUGGUCAUCAUGUUUAUGCUGAUGCACCAGAUGAAUUUGAUAUGUAUUUAAAAAGAAUUUUAAUUAACAGAAAUUAA